AUGUUGUUGCGAUGGAGCGCAUUUGUAAUUUUGUUUGUGUUUUGUGAAGGUGUUGCACCGAAGAAACAGCAACAGCAGAUUCCUCCAUCAAAUAUAUCCAAUUCUACACAACAGGUAUACCUGUAAUUGUCAUUUUCUUGAUCUAUCAACCAAUUCGUUGCAGCAAGUUACCUAUGACGUCAUAGUUGUUGGAGCCGGCCUUACUGGCCUUACCGCGGCCCGAAACAUUCAACAAAGCCGACCAGGGCUCUCGGUUUUAGUCCUGGAAGCCCGCGGACAAGUGGGCGGUAGAGUACGGUACGCGACUAUGCAAACUAGGAACGGAGUCGAGUUCGUGGACACCGGAGCUCAGUUCAUUGCCCCGACGGACCAGGAACUGCUCAGCCUGAUUCAGGAGCUCAACGUACGGACGACGCAGCAACUGACUUGUGGAAACAACACGGUAUUCCAGCAGACUAGAAGGAAGAGGUACUUUUCACUUUUUUUGUAAAUAAAUAAUUUGUUGAAUGUAACGCGCCACGGCAUCCAAAAUAGAAAGGGGCGUGGCCUAGCGGUGUGCACGGUUUAUCACCAUUUUGGCGCGAUAUUCGAAAUUUAACCCCAUUUUUCAUGCUUUUUGUCAAAAAUUACCCAAAUUUUGUACGAUUUCGACGAUGUAAUUGCAUAACUUUCUUAAACUAAUCAUCGCGCACUUCUUGAGCUUAAAACGAGCAGGUCUCAUUCAGAGAAUGAAUCAAUUUUUAUCGAUUUUCAAGUUUUGUGCUGAAAAUGCACGAAUUUCAGUCAUUCGCCGAUACUUUUCGCCGUUUGAACGCUUAAAAUACUUGUAUUAACGUGCUUUAUCACUUCCGACACUCACUUCGUCUCAAUACUAUCCAGAUCGGCCGGUAUGAAAAUUCCGAAAUUGCGGCGGCGAUUGGCGGCGGAGAGCGUAUUGUGAAAUAUGCCAAAAACGUCUCAAACGCGCCAUUUUCACGAAAAUUUCAAUGUUUUCUCUCUUUAAUGUCUCCUUUCGUCAAUAUCAAACACAAAAAUGGCGGAAAAGUGCUGGAAUUGUGGCAAUUUUCAGAAAACGCUUCACUUUUGGUCGCCGUGAGAACGUCCUCUUUUUGCAGAGACCUUGCUCUCCAACAACAAUGGAGCACGACCGUGUUUUCCGAUUUCAUAAACUCAGAGGCGCUUGUUGGAAAUCUGACGAACAGCUCAAUUUCAGCAAUGGCUCAGGGCAUGGAAACUUCUGACGCGGAUUCCGUGAAUCGGCUUAUGCAGGUACUCUGAAUAGACACGUUUUUGAAGAGAAACGCACGAUUUGUAGACAUUUUUCGAUGCUCCGGGAGAGCAAGUUGCCGAGAUUCAGUUGGCGCUCACUUGCUCCAGUCAGAACGCGACGGCAGUUGAGAUAUUGAGACGAUUCGGGCACGGACAGAGUCUUUUGGCAAAGGGAGGAAUGAAUGAGGUCGUCAGGCGGAUGGCCGACGGACUUUUGAUCGAGUACGGACAGAGGGUCGUCUCUGUUAAUGAUGGUGAGCUUCUUUUUCGAUUUUCUUUUUGAAUCCUCACUUUCCAGCCGCGUUCCCAGCCAUUCUUCAAACGUCUGCUGGCCGAAAUUUCACCGCCCGCCAAGUGAUUGUGGCUGUUCCCGUUCCAACCUUAGAGAAUAUGGACCUGAUACCAACUCCUGAGGCACCGUUCCAGCAACUUAUUCGUGCGAAUCGAAAUGGUCUUUAUUCAUAAGCAACCUCACCACUUUUUGCAGAAAACUACGGUCCAACGGGACACGCCUACUACUUCACCAUGUCCUUCCAGCGUGCCACGUGGCGAUUGAACGGACGAAGCGGAAAAGUGAUUUACACGUCUUCGAGUGGGCCGCUCGUCUGGUUGACCACUUUCGACACGACUUUCGCGGACAGUUGUGGUGGUUAACACUCUAGAGGGUAACCGUAGAUUACUGUAGCGGUUACAGGCAAUUCCUCAUCGGCAUCUUCAUAUCUCUGGGGAGUCGCCCACUUCUCGUAUGAUGUUCCGUUCGAGACCCGAAAGAAGUUGUACACUCAGGCUAUUAUGUACUCGCUGAGAUUUGCCGAUUUCUCUCCGCUCGAUGUUUCGUAAGUUUUUAGACAAAGAAAACGAUGGUAAACCCUUUCAAAAUCUGUUACAGAGAUGUAAACUUUGCAACCGAUGAUCUGGCGAGAGGAACCAUUCCAACUUUCCGUCUCAACAUUCCGUUCGAUGCUCUCAAGUACCUGUCCGACUUUCACACCAUCUACCAAAAUGUGCACAUCGCCACCGCCGACAUCGCUUCGAAGAGCCUCGGCACCAUGAACGGAGCAGUUCAUUCCGGACAGGCGGUGAGCAAUUACGUGCUCCAAAUGCUCGCCGCCGCCGACGCGCAAAGCAAUGGCAUUCUGAGGGACACCCCGGUCGAAUCCACGACUCCGUUCGUCUACAAAACCUCAUCCCAUUAUCCGCCCUCUCUUUUCGUCGUCAACGAAACUGUAAUCGAGGAGAAUGUUCGGGUGAACGAGGGGGUUAACAAUCAGAAUUCAAGUGGGUUCCAAUACGAGACGUCUUCACAGUAUCCGAGUACGGUUGCACCUACGACCACCACCAUGAAACAUUUCAGCUUUGGAAACUUGGGUAAGUGUGCACUAGUCUAGAAAUUUAGAAGCUAGAACUUCGAAACAACAAACAAAAAUGUCCGAAUUGCAGAUAAUUCGACGAGCGAAGAGCCAGCCAUCCUUUACGAUAGUGCUCCACAGCAAUCUGCUCCGAAUUCGAACGCCACUGUAAACUCGCAAAUGCUCUGUGAGCCAGCUUCAUUAUAAAAACUGUAUUUUCAGAAUAACACGUCGACGACAUUCGCCUACUCGACAUCCAGUGUGAUGCCGCCCAUUCAAUCGAUCGAAACGACCACUCUCGUCCAUUUCAGUAAUGGCAACUUGGGAGAAACGACUGUGGCGCCGGCCGCUGUUCAACGAGGUACUCUUCUUGCUCCAAAGGUUAUUAAUAUCAUGAAAUUCUUUGAAUUUUCAGAUGACGCUUCAAUUCUUGUAAACCAACCACAAAAUGGAUACGUCUAUUCAACAUCGACCCACUAUCCAGUAGCUACUAGAAAUGGUGAAUCUCCCAAUUACACGGUCUCCAGAGCUUACAAUGGGAGCAAGUGCGCCCCGCCCAAUAGAGCGAUACAUUGGCGCGAAAUUCAAAUUUUAACAGCAAAAUUUGUGUUUUUUGCCAGAUUAGCCACGAAAAACCGAUAGCCUCUCAUUUGUCUCUCGAGAGACCGAUUGUAUAGGCCAUUACAAAUUUUUUAAGCGAAAGAGCGUCAAAUUUGGUCAAGUCGCAAAUCACAUUUAUCCGUUUGAAGGUUUUUCGCUAGAACUGCGUGAAUUUCAGUUGUUUUUCGGUAAUUUUCGCGGUUCGAGCGCUCAAAAUGCUUGUAUUUACGUGAUUUAUCAUUCUCAAAACCAAUUCUGUCGGAAAACGGUCAAGAAAGCGCAAAAUGAGAAGUGCGGUUUUUAGGCGGCGAAGGCGAAAAAGCGCAGUCCGCCGAAAAAUGCGCCAAAACGUCAUUAAUGGGGCUAUUCAGACUGUGAAAAAAAAUGAUUGUUUUCCGUUUUUUUUUCGUUUUUUUACGUCAAAAAAUCCAAUUCAGCGAUAAAAAAAAACAAAAAAAACGGAAAACAAACAUACGCUGAAUAGCCCCAUAAUUCUGAGAAUUAGUGUGUUUUCAUGCCGAACAAUCAUUUUUUCAUCGCCUUUGACCACAAAAAUCAGAGAAAACUUGCUCAAUCCAUGAAAACGCCAUUUGGUAAGCUCUGGACACCGUGGCAAUUGUUAGAAAACAAAAAUCUAAUACAUUUCAGGCAUCGAUACGCAAGCGACGCCUUCUCCGGAAGUCGUCAAUGAGCUAAAACAAGUUUCGGAAAAUGUAGAACAAAAAAUACGUUUUCGGUAAAGUCUCGCAACAUACUACAUUUUCAGGCCUCGAACUCGACCGCAAUCCAAUUGGCUCAAAGACUGAACCAAUUGGUCCACUCGCUUCUAACUCAAUUGAGACUAAAGUAA